AUGGAGUUCGGUAAUCCCUUCGCAGCAUUCCUCGGCAAGAGGACGGCGCGCGGCACGAGCCUCAAACGUUCCCGCACCGACGGAGACGCCUCGCUGGGAGGCGUGGAGGAGACAAAAUCUUCCGCACCAGCGGUUGUGGCGGAUGCUGCCUCCGCCACCGCCUCACCAAAUGCAGCCGAGUUGAGCCAUGCGGGAACAAAAUUGUCCGCUGACGCGACGUAUGUGUCUUCCGUGAAGGUCCUUCUCUCAGAUGAUAGAAACAAGGAGGAGGAGGAGGAGGAGUUGCGUCUGCUGCUCGGUGGCGAAGAUGACAUCAAUGUGCGGCCCAAAGAGGUGGUGGAUGCCGCGUCCCAUACGGGCACACACGCUGCAUCGCCUGCGACGACGACUGCCGUGGCCCUUCGCGAGAUCCCGUGGAUGACGCGGUCCAACGAGGCGUUGGCGGCAAUCGCGGAGCGAUUUGAGGUUCAAUUCCGAUGGGAAUUACGGCGCAAUGUGGAGCUUGUGCAGGUGUUUGAACCCUUUUUUAGCGACAAGGCUUUGCGUCGCAUUGAGACUGAGACGCGAGGGGCGCAGUUUCUUCCUGCACCUCUAGCUACGCCAGAGAACACUGGGGUUGCGAAUGGCUACACACUGCGCUCGUACCAGCUUGAGGGUGUUCAAUUCUUACUAAACAACUUCCAUAGAGGGAUGCCGUGCAUCCUGGCAGAUGACAUGGGGCUAGGCAAGACAGCACAGAUCUCGGCCUUUCUUCAUAUGCUUCAAGCACAGCACAACAUUGACGGACCUCAUCUUAUAGUAUCACCACUGUCGACACUCACAGCCUGGACGAGGGAACUCGCCCGGUGGGCGCCAACGUUGCGUGUGGUGAAGUACCACGGCGAGCGAAAGGGACGGGCAUCACUGCGUACCACACGGGGUUAUCGUCACUGCGUCUUUGUGACAACCCCCGCUGUUCUCAAUCAAGACCGUGGGUUCUUCCGUAAACGGGCAUGGGUUGUGGCCGUUGUGGAUGAGGCGCAUGUUCUGAAGGGGCGGAAUACCAUAAUCUCAUAUGUGGCACGUAAACUGACGGCAUGUUUUCGGCUGGCUGUGACGGGUACGCCUGUGCAUAACAACGUGGGAGAGGUGUGGAGUCUGAUGAAAUUUUUAUAUCCCGCCUACUGUACCAGCUACGACGGCAGCGUUGGUGAAGACAAUGACCCCGUCACGGCAGCGGAGGAUUGCGCGAGGGUGCUUCAAUGCGUUAUGCUGCGUCGAACAAAGGGGUCAAUUGAGCUGGGUAUUCCACCCCGCGUAGACGAGCCCACGCGUAUGCUUGAUCCCACAUGGAUACAGCAGCAACUGCUUUAUCACAUGACGGAGCAGGUGUUGAACGGGGAAGAAGCCAAUGAGACUCGCCUACAAGCUCAUCUCACACAUCAACGUAUUGUUUGUUGCCAUCCGUUGGCAUUACGGCUAUUGGCAGUGGAGGGUCGGGCUUCAGGUCAGGCAGGUUGGGAGGAGCGUUUAGCUGCAGCGGGUGUUGUGUUGAAUGAGGCCUCCAUCGUGGCAGUGAGCGCCAAAAUGAUGGAACUCGAUCGCAUGCUGCGGGAAUGUAAGGCGAAUGGGCACCGAUGUCUAAUAUUUUCCAAUUUUACUUCUAUUUUGGAUCUUCUGCAGGCAUUGUGCGUGCUGCGAGGUUAUAGUUUUGAACGACUCGACGGCACCACGCCGCGUGUGGAGCGUGAGCUCUCCAUGAUACGCUUUAAUGCUCCCGGGUCAUCUUGCUUUGUCUUUCUCCUUACCACAACAGCCGGCGGCGUGGGUGUAACGCUGACGGGCGCGGACACGGUCAUUCUUUUUGAUGCUCAUUACAACCCACAAAUUGACCGCCAGGCUGCCGACCGGGCCCACCGCAUUGGCCAGACGCGUGUGGUCCGCGUGCACCGGUUGUGCCUUAAAAACACCAUUGAAGAACGUAUUCUUAACGUGGCUCUAAGAAAAGCGUCGCUCGGAGACUUCAUUGUAGAUGGUGCAGGUUGCAAGGGGGACGACACAGCCGGCUUGGCCCUUUCCACGCAUCGGAUUCGUAUGCUUUUCAGUAGUGCAAACCAAUUCACCGUUUCUUCCCGCGAACCCGCUGCCCACACCGAUAUGGUCAACAGUGAUCACGAGACGUCCGUGGGAGAGGCCAUGGUGGCGGAAUUACUGCGUGUCGAGGCGGAAGGGCUUCCAGGAGCCCGUGUAGCGAAGACAGAAAUUCGGGACGGACGGACUGUGGUGGGUGUUACUCACAACUGCUUCUUGUGUGGGGAAAUCAUGCGGCCGUUAGAGCCGUUGUACCACUGUUCUGUAUGUCCCAAGGCGUAUCAUGCUGAGUGUGUUGGCGAACGGAGGCCCAAAGCCGGUGUGGCCGGCCCACGACGCUGGACGUGCCCCCGCCACAGCUGUGUCUUGUGUGGUAAGGGGCAAGGCGUUGAUGGGACGGUGUUUAUGUGCACAGAGUGCUCUGCUUCUUUUUGUUUUGACUGCCUCGAUCCACGUUACUUUGACCUGGACGAGACGGGGGCGCAGUUUGUUCACAUUCGACGCGAGUAUCCGGGGAUGACGGCGGAGGGAAUGGAGCCACAACGCUCCAUCUACUACAUCACCUGCCUCCGCUGCUGCGGCGUGUUAUCCUCUUCCUCCUCGUCCUCCUCAAGUGAGACAGACAGUGACACCAUGAGCGACGACGAUGACGAUGUUCUUCUGGAGGAAGUAAAUGCCCCGAGCGGUGUGGAGCAGUAG